AGAGAGGAGGGGCUCAGCUGCAGCUGUGGACAGCCAUACCAGCAACAUGCCCGUGCCGGCCCUGGCUGCCCUCUGUCUCCCUCCUUUCACACCUUCCUGUCCUUAAAGCCCAGAGAGGGAACCACCUCUUCACGAGCCAAGCCGCCCCAGUCUGAUCGGAACUGCUUGUCCAAGGACUCCAGCGCUGGCCCUGUCGAUCUGGGUCUGGGUCUCGGGCUGGUCAUGUCGCUGGAGGAAGCGGCCAGCGACCCGACCUGCCCGUUCAUCCCCCAGCCCGGGCAGCGGCUUUCCAAGCAGCGCGGCCGGGACUCUGAGGUCCAGUCCCCGGUCAGCGUCCAGGACAGCCCGCCACAGUCCCCCGCCCCCUUCCCCUGCCUCUCUUGCCACCGCACCUUCCAGACCUGCGCCCAGCUCCUGAGGCACCAGCAGAGCCACGGCCAGCAGGAGGGUGUCACGCAGCACCUGUGCAUGCACUGCGCCGCCUCCUUCCCCCGCCCCUCCCUGCUGCUGCAGCACCAGCGCUCCCAGCACGCCUCCAAGCCCUGUGGCUUCCUGUGCACCGAGUGCGGCCGGGCCUUCAACUCCCACAGCAACCUGCGCAUCCACCUCAACGUGCACACCGGCGCCCGGCCCUACGCCUGCGACGACUGCGGCAAAAGCUUCAGCCAGUCGGGGGCGCUGCGGGUCCACCGCCGCAUCCACACCGGGGAGCGUCCGUACACCUGCACCUACUGCGGGCGCGGCUUCUCCAACCUGGCCGGCCUGCGGGCCCAUGAGCGCACGCACACGGGCGAGAAGCCGUACCCCUGCCCGCAGUGCGGCAAGUGCUUCACCCAGUCCGGGGCGCUCAAGAUCCACACGCGCAUCCACACCGGCGAGCGGCCCUUCAUCUGCGGGCACUGCGGCAAGGGCUUCUCCAGCCACUCCGGCAUCCGCUUCCACCAUCGGACGGUGCACGGGGUCGCCCUCAAGGCCAGCGUGGGCAAAGGCACGGGUGCGCAGCCCGGCUCGAGUCCUGGCACCAGUCCAUCAGCUGUUUCCGCCAUUGGUCCCUGUGCUGGAGCCAGUCUCGGUCCCCUCACCAACUCUAAACUGAGUCCCCCCACCACUGUCUACCCAAAUGCUAAUACCUCCGUCAGUCCCGGAACCAACCCUAAAGCUGGUAACAGCCCCAGUAUGGAUGUAGCCUCUACGUCUUUUUCCGGCCCCGCCUCGCCGUCCGGAUCCAGUUCGGACCUCAGAACCGGCAGGAAAGCCCUGCCUAAGGCUGGGGGGGACUCUCAGAACUCCGGGUUGGACCUGACCCUGGGCUCGGCAGAGAGGGAGAGGAGGAUGCUGCUGGGUGAGAGGGAGGACUAUAGGGGGCAGGGUCAGGACGCGCCCCCCAGGAACGGACACCGCGUGCCAGAGAGACACCCUACCCAGGGGGCCGAAACAGGGGGAGAGGGAGGGGUGCACGACAAGGAGAGGGUAGAGGGGGAGAUCGUGGACAGCUUGCUCCAAUGA